GAUGAAGCAGCCCCGGCCGGGGCGGGCCUUCACGGUCGGGACUCCGUCCGGGGCUUGGUUUCCCUGGGCUCCAGCUGGCGCGGGUGAACACAGACCUUCCUCCUCGCAACCCUAAUAUCUUGCCAUCUUUUCCGGGUGCUUCCACUUCAGGGUCGGAGCCUAGGCUUUGCGCGCUUUUGCCUAGAAACUUCUCCUAGGUUUGUUCUAUGUUCUUUGAGCUGUGAUCCUGCCCACACAUUUUAUCGUUUGUCCCAGAGAGAACCCUUUCCAGGUUGGAAAUUCUGGGCCUCCCACGCUACCAAUAAUUUCACCUGGUGCCCUGGAGACCCCAGGACUCAUUACCUCUCUGCGGUCAUCUCAUUCUUGGCCUGCGGUGUAACCUGUUUCUUCUGCCCCACUGUCGUGUACUGGGGUUGCAGCCACAGGUCGAAGCUAAGGGAAUGUGAAGAUAUGAAGGUUGGUGGAAGGAACAUCUUGGAGUUCAGCCAUAACUCAGCGUUCAGCUGUCCGAACAGGAGAAAACGACGCUCCACAUCUUUAUCUUCUUCAGCACUCCCUUCGCAAGCCACAGAGAAAAGCACAUAUUUGCAGACCACUGAGAUCUCACUCUGGACAGUGGUGGCUGCCAUUCAGGCCGUGGAGAAGAAGAUGGAAUCUCAGGCCGCCCGGCUCCAGAGUCUGGAGGGGCGCACGGGGACAGCCGAGAAGAAACUGGCUGACUGUGAGAAGAUGGCUGUGGAGUUUGGCAACCAGCUGGAGGGCAAGUGGGCCGUGCUGGGGACCCUGUUGCAGGAGUACGGGCUGCUGCAGAGGCGGCUGGAGAAUGUGGAGAACCUGCUGCGCAACAGGAACUUCUGGGUCCUGCGGUUGCCCCCGGACAGCAAGGGGGAGGCCCCCAAGGUGUCUAGGUCACUGGAGAAUGAUGGCAUCUGUUUCUCUGAGCAGGAGUGGGAGAAUCUGGAAGACUGGCAGAAGGAGCUCUAUAAAAAUGUGAUGGAGAGCAACUAUGAGACGCUGGUCUCUCUGAAGGUCCUUGGCCAGCCAGAGGGAGAAGCAGAAUUGGGUACGGAGAUGCUAGGUGACCUGGAGGAAGAAGGCCCUGUUGGUGCCCACCCAGCAGAUGGAGCCAUGAUCAAAAAAGAGCUACAGUACAAGCUGCAAGGCUCUGCCAAUCUUCCUGGAGAGUUCUCAGCCAUUACUGAAGAGCAGUCUUUCCUGAGCCCAGAGCAGACUGAGCUCUGGGAUGUUCAGGGUAGUUCUGUCCUCUUGGAAACAGGUCCUGGGGGCUCUAAUCUAGAGAAGACCACUGAGGGCAGUAGAGACCUUAGCAGUGACCAAAUUCUGGGCUGUCCAAAGCAGAAAUCUCACAGGCAGAUACAGUUGAGUCAGGAACAGGGGCAGGGCCUGAAGCUGAAAAGGGACACUUCUGGCCCCUAUGAAUGUUCCAAGUGUGAGAUCAGCUUCCGGUAUAAGCAGCAGCUGGCUACACAUCUGAGAACCCAUUCAGCGUGGGAGUCUUACAUACCUGAAGAGCCAGAGGAAAGCCACAGGCCCAGGCCACAGCUUAAACCCCAGGCCAAGAGGGCCAAGCUACAUCAGUGCAAUGUGUGUCUGAGGAGCUUCAGCUGCAAGGUGAGCCUGGUGACUCACCAGCGCUGCCACCUGCAGGAGGGGCCCAGUGCUGGCCAGCACAUCCAGGAGAGGUUCUCACCCAACAGUCUCGUGGCCUUGCCUGGCCAUAUCCCUUGGAGGAAAAGCCGGAGUUCCCUCAUCUGUGGUUACUGUGGCAAGAGCUUCAGCCACCCAUCUGACCUGGUGCGACACCAGCGCAUCCACACGGGUGAGCGGCCGUACAGCUGCACCGAGUGUGAGAAGAGCUUUGUCCAGAAGCAGCACCUCCUGCAGCAUCAAAAGAUCCACCAGCGGGAGCGGGGUGGGCUGGCUCCGGAGCCCGGAAGGCCCAAUGGCCUGCUUUAAGAGUGCCAGCCCCUCGCCCGUCCGGGGGGCGGAGAGGGGUGGCAUUGGUCCCCCCAUAGAGACACUGUGCAGUCAGGGACUGACUUCUUCCUCAGGAAGUUGCCUCUGUUUUGCCUUCCCUUGACCAGGGACCAAGCCAAGCCAAAGGCUGUCCUGAGAACCAGGUGGAGAGGGAAGAGUCUGGGACCAAGUCUAACCCUGCUGCUGAGUUUGCUGUCUCUUGGUACCUUCAGGUCUCUAAUUUUCCCAUCUGUGCCAAUAUUCUUGGGUGAGGAUUGGCGUUCUAACCCUCCAGGGUCUGGUGGCUGGUUCCAGGACUCAUCCCAGCAUUUUUCUUGUCUUCCCACGUGGUUAAAUCAGGCCACAGGGGGUAAGCAGGUGUGUGGAAGAGUUCUGGACAUAACCUUCCAUUUCUUCUUCUGUAGUCUAUACUAAUAACAAGUAGAAGAAAUAAUUUAAAUGAACUGCUUACCCUGCUCUGACAACAUUUUUUUUGAAAUUAGAUUUUAGCCCAACACUUGUUUUUUAAAUUUCAAGAGUUGUAGAAGUUGUUCCUAACAUGGGGACUGGAACUACCCUCUAGGAGGGAAUAGUAUUUGGGGCUCUUUUAGCCCACCCACACUUAGGCCAGAGAGCAGGAGACAUAGUACAGGACUCCCUCUUGUGGGGGAGCUUGGUGCUCUUACAUGGGGCUAAUUGUAUUAGGAGGACUAAGGGGAAGAAAGUAGUAGGGUAGACCUCAUCCUUGUUGGGGAUAAAGAUUCUGGGGAAGGACCCGAGAGUCCGGCUCUAGGAGCUUAGGUGUUGAACCAUAUCCCUCUCUUCCUCUUCCUAGCCUCCCCCCUUGCUGCAGUUUUGCAGCCUUCCAGAGUAGAAGUAACUACUUUGUUACUUAAGAUUGUUCAUUUGAUACCAUUGGUUAUUUGAGUUUGUUCCUGUUGUAGCAAUCCUUACUUGAGGUUGUUGAUAUUACACUUUGCAAGUUCCUUCUGGGAUGUCUAUUCCAUGGAUGAUAGAGAAAAAGCAUACAGGUGCUUGUUUCCCAGCUGUGUUGAAUACCUGCCCCACUCUUGUCUGGGGAGAUGGGAGUAGGCUCCUGGGUCACAUGUGAAUGUCCCCUUGGAUGAUUUACAGUUGCCUAGAAUAAUAAAACUUGGUACUAGCAAAA